UUCAGGGCCGGCCCAUUAGGAAAUAAGCAGUCCGACCGGGCCAGGCCCAACAUUUUAAGGGGCCUAAUUUUUUUAAAUUAUAUAUAUACCUCCGUACCCGCUUGCACGCUUCACUGCUCCAGAGUCUCGCUCCUGCCCGCCAGACGCCGCCUCGCCGGAAACUCUCCAGGUCCAGGAGUCCAGGUACGGAGUUCUGCUAAAAAGUGUAUUAUGGAGUACUCCGUAUUUUGGAGGGGUUGAUGAAGAAGUGAUAGAACCGGGCAACUGCCUCCUGCAAACAUUUUCUGGAGCACGAUUGUGGUGAUCAAGAUCUGGAAAAUGGUUUACAUUACAUCUUGGGAUGAGUUUGCUGAAAAAUCUAUUCAGCUUUUCCGCGUUGAUCCGGAACAAACUAGGUAUGUCAUGAAAUAUCGGCAUUCCGAUGGUAAAUUGGUUCUCAAAGUCACCGACAACAAAGAGUGUAUAAAGUUCAAGACAGACCAAGCUCAGGAUGCCAAGAAAAUGGAGAAGCUAAACAAUAUAUUCUUCACUCUAAUGGCUCGUGGACCUUAUGAGGAUAUAUCAGAUGUGGGUGGAAAGGAGCAGCAAGAGACUCAGACCACUAAGAGAGGGAGGGGCCGGAAACAAUAACUAUACUAUAGUUAUCCCCAAAUCCUAUGUAUUCCUGCAUCCAUAAGAACACCAUUCAAGAAUUAACCACAAACGGAUUCCUUCAUCAAAGGUAAAUGUGUUCUUUAUUUUAGAGGGUUGUGUUUGAAGUUUUUGAUGAUGAUUGUUACAACUACCUUUGAACCCCAAAGUUUGUUGUCUGCCC